AUGCUCAUGCUGGUGCUGGCUGUCAAGUCAAUUCUGACUCACGGCAAACCCAUGUGCUACACGAGCCGGAAAUUGAGGUUCCGAGAAAUUAAGUCUGCCAAUGUCUGGAAGUUACUAGAGCCUCCUCGCUCCAAGCGGCGCCUGCGCGCGGGGGAAGCGCCUGCGCUGCGCUGGGCGGGGAGCAAGGCCUCGCGGGGCCGGGAAAGCCUGCGGGAGCAGCUGGAGGGCCCAGAAGCCAGAGCUAUCCGGCCUGGGCGCAAGGCCACGCGGAUGCUUGUGGAGGAGGGUGGUGGUGGCCCGGGACCAGAGUCCCCUCCCCGGCCGCCAGCACAUUCCCCCGCUGCCCUGCGCCAAGCGGCGGCAGGGACCGGGCCUGGCGCCCUGCGCGCCCCCUCCAGCUCCGGCCACCGCUCGGGGCGACCAGGACGGUGUCCGGGAGGGGGUCCGGGAGGGGGUCCGGCCCCGCCCGCGGGGCGGAGAGAGGAGGCGGAGGGAACGUUCACACCCCGCCCCCGCCCCCGGAGCCAGCCUGGAGCCCGGGGCCAGGGCGGUGCAGACCGGCCCAGCGACUCUCGGGCUGCGCGCCGGGACGCGCCGCCGCCGCCGCCACUGCGGACGAGGCUGCCUUUCAACCCACCGCCCCGGGGCUGGCGGAGCGAAGGUAACCGCGGGCCGGCCGCGGGCCCUCGAGCCCUGGGUGGGCGUGGACGCCGCCGGCAGGCCCGGGUGCGCGGAGGCCCCGGGCUGGCACCCUCCUAG